AUGUAUUGCAAGAAAAAGGAUCGAGUGGCGUAUUCCCCGCCAAAGAAGAAAUUGAUAAAGAAGGCAGAGAAAUCGCAAAAACACAAAGGAAAAACAGAGGAAGAAAUCGCACGAGACUUCGGCUUUACAACGGGUUUGCUACGCGCAGCCAAUCAGCAAUUCGACAUGGACAAAACCUAUGUGUACCCAGACGCCUCACGUGACAAAACAAGUGGAAUGACAGGAAUAGGCAUCUUUUUUGGAAAGGAUCAUCGACAAAACCUAAGCCUUGCAAUCGGUAAAACGACUCACCCAUUUGUCGGCGAGUCAUAUGCUAUCCAUGUUGCUCUUCAUAAACUUUACUUUUGGGGAGAAUACAAAGGCAAUCAAGUAGUACUUCGUACGGAUUGUUUGAACGUCAUCAAGGCGUUGUACUAUUUCAAAGCUAAUAAUGAGCGAGGGUUCGAAGGAAACCUGGUGAAAUAUGUUUUGACCGAGCAGGAUAAAAAAACC